GUACCCACUUUCUUCGUCUUCUGGAAAGCCCAUUUCAUUGAUUGUAACGUCUGCAUUUCUCAUGCGCAAUUAAAUGAAUAGUCUCAGUCAAUCUCUUCGAAUCUUCAACCCUUCUCUUUACAAAAGGUUUCGGUCAAAUCACAUUACCUCUUCUUAUAUAAGUUGUAAAUUCGUACAACGAUCAACGAAACUCUAUUUCGAUUCCAUCUUCUCCGCUCAAGACCUUUCUUCACCACCACCGUUCCCUAGUUCUUGCAUCUGGUUUUGAAUCUAUACAUUAAGAUAUGGAUACCAAUAGGAAAAUUCACCCGGAUUGCAAAUACUCUGCAAACCCUUUCCAUGAAUGUGCUUCAGAUUGUUUAGAGAAGAUUUCUCAAGGCCGUGGAAAGAAGAAUUCAAAAAAGCAAGCUGCGACGAACUUUAGCCUACCAGGGAGUUUAGGUAAGAAAAAGGUGGGAUCACAGUCACCUUCACCUCUCAACACAAGGCCAUAUCAGAACGGUAACGUAAAUUCGCCAAGGGUUUAUCAGUCAAGACCUUCACCAGUAGCUGUGACGCAGAGGACAACAGUUCCAGAAACCAACAUAUCUUUCCCCCCUCUGUCGUCUGAUGAAGUCUCUUCUAACCUCAACGGUCAACAUGAUUCUUUCAGCCAUAAGCCAGAGAAGAAGCCCUCACAUAUGGUUCCUCUAUCCCCAAACAACAUGGCUGAUCGUAGCAAAACCGUAUCACCAAGACCUCGAGAGCAUGAACACAACGGUAAGAAUGACGCAGUCAGUGAGAUUAGUGAGUUCAACUUUGUAAGCCCUCCAAGGUCUUACGCCAAUGAUGAUGAGAACGGAGUAGAGCUCGACCUUCAAUCAGUAAUGUCGGACUCUUGUGUUUCAGUUGGAAAGUACCGUGUGAACUCUAGUGUCUCCACAAUCCUACAGUCAAUCAUAGACAAACACGGAGACAUAGCUGCAAACUGCAAGCUAGAAUCAGCAUCGAUGAGAUCUAGAUACCUAGAGUGCUUAUGCUCAUUGAUGCAAGAGCUUGGGUCAACCCCGGUUACGCAGUUGACAGAACUAAAGGUGAAAGAGAUGCUUGCGGUUAUUAAGGACUUGGAGUCUGUGAAUAUGGAUGUUGGCUGGCUAAGGGCCGUUCUUGAGGAGUUUUCUCGGUUUCAAGAAAAUGCAGACUCGGAGAAAGAGAAACAAGUAGGAUCCUUGAGGUCUAAGAAACGAGAACUGGAGAUUCAUGAAGCAGAUUUGGGCAGGAUGGAGGAGGAAGUAAGGGAGGGGAGGUUGAAGGUGGAGGAGAUGAAGGCGGAGCUGGCUGAGCUUGAGACAGAGAGGCUGCGGAUGGAAGAGAUGGGAUUUAAGGUUGAUAAGUUUAAAGGGAGGUCGUUUCUUGAUGAGCUUCUUUGAUGUUAAUAAGAGUAAUUAACCUUAAUAAGUGUAAUGUUUCCUUAAAGUUUGUUAAUGUUCUUUAAUCCCCUAUAUAUUAAUCCUCGAGCAUUACAACAUAUUUUCGUAUCC